AUUAGUCUUCAAAUAUCGAAAAGGAGGACAUGUAGGAGGACACUUUUCAAGGGAGGACAGAACUCACAAAAGGAGGACUGUCCUCCCUAAAGGAGGAUAGUUGGUCACCUUACAUGUAUAGUAAAAAGGCCUCAAAUUGUGCUUAUUCUACUUUGCUGUGCCAGCAUCUUGGCUUCAGUGAAUUUCAAAGUAGCAGAACAUAGAGAGAAAGCCUUCAGAGAAAAAGAAAAAAUUGCUGCUGAAUUCCUGUGAGCAUUCAGAGAAAUUAUAUUUAUUUAUUUGUUAAAUUUACUUGCUGUAUCUUGCCAUGAGGCCAUUCUAGUCAGAUUAUAACAAUAAAAAGGAAGAAAUGAAAAGAGAGUGAACAGAACAGAAAAAAGAUAAUAGAACAAUAAAAUCAACAAUGAAAAAGAGUACAGCAAGAAAUAAAUUAUAUUAUUACCAAAAAAGGAAAUGAAUGUAUUGGUUCCCUAAAUAAUGUACCAUGAAACCCAAGUACUUAGAACAAGGAAUUCUUUUUAUUUGGGUCUUUCAAUGUUCCAACAUAAUUCUUAGCAGCCCUUGCAAAUGCAUUACCUAUGUUUUCUCAUAGUUAAUUAAUAAAUUGUGUUUCCUACAAAAAGAUAUUAGCAUCUCAUGGCUCUUCUAAGAUCUAUUAUCUUCCAAGAUCUAUUAUAUUUGAAAAUUGCCUGAUAUAAAACUGAUAUUCCUGUGGAGCGUUUAAUAUGCAUAUAUUCGCCAUGACUGAAGAAGAUAUUGAAAUAACAUCUUCGUUUUCAUAUGAAGAAGAAGAAGAAGCCAUUCUAUGUAACAAAACGGACAUCCUGAUGCUUGGAAAAAUCUUCCUGCCUAAGUUGUAUGGCCUGGUGUUCACCAUUGGGCUGAUAGGAAAUUUCUUAGUAGUUCUUACCAUUCUGAAAGCCAGGAACCAAAAGAGCAUCACUGAUAUAUUUUUUUUUAAUCUGGCCAUCUCCGAUCUUCUUUUUGUGAUUUCUCUUCCUUUUUGGGCUUUUUAUAUUAUACAUGAUUGGACACUUGGAAACUUUACAUGCCAAAUAGUUUCUUCUUUCUAUUCUGUGGGCCUCUUUGGUGGCAUGUUCUUCAUCACUAUCAUAAGCAUUGACAGAUACCUAGCUAUUGUUCGGGCAACAUGUGCUAUGAAAUCCAGGACAGUCACCUAUGGAUAUCUUACUAGUAUAUCAAUAUGGGCCCUAGCGAUUUUCUUUGCAAGCCCCCACUUUAUAUUCAUCCAAAAGUCAGACAAACAAUGUACUUCAUCGUAUCCAGAACAUCUUAAAAUAAUAUGGCCUGUUUUCAGCUAUUUGGAAAAAAACAUCAUUGGAUUUCUUCUCCCAGUGUGCAUCAUAAGCUACUGCUAUCUGCAGAUCAUCAGAACAUUGAUGUCUUGCAAAAACCAGUGCAAACAAAAAGCUAUGAAAGUGAUUUUACUUGUCGUAAUUGUAUUUUUUCUUUUCUGGACUCCAUAUCACCUUUCACUUUUUCUGCAAGUGCUACAGUACUUUGAAGUCUUCAAAGACUGCAGUUCCUUAAGGUUUCUGGAUUACACAAUACUAGUGUCUGAGUCAGUAGCUUUUAGCCACUGCUGUCUUAAUCCAAUCAUCUAUGUUUUUGCUGGUGAAAAAUUCAGAAAGCACCUUUCCUACUUGGUUCUCAGAUGCAUUUCAUUCACAUGUGCCUGUGGGUCUUGUGGCAAAUAUUGCAGUGGAGUGCCUACUGCUAUUCCAGAUUGUGUUAUGACCAGCAAUCAUACCCAGAAUACCAGUGACCAAGAUGUAUCUCUCCUUAUUUGAUUGUUAAUAGUUAAAUAGUAUUGAAUAUUGAGACAUAUUAAAUACUGAACUACUUUACCCAAA